AUGGUGUCUCUCACUGCCGCCUGCAAGGCAAAUCAUGCCCUUGUACUGCCUGGCCUGCUUGCCGCUGGGUAUGCUAACCAGGGAGAUGGCGGAGUUCCAGUUUCAAUCGCCUAUGAAGAGGACGUAGAGUUCGUCGGCCCAAACAAAGAGCCCCUCAAACUAAUCACGGGAGAUGGAGAACUUCUCUAUAGCGAUUCCAUCAUUCACCAUCUAAGGGAUAAUUUCUCUUCUCUCCAAGUUGGCCAUAAGGACCAGGUAUCUGAAUGGAUUGCAAGAUCUCUGGAUCUGACGGCUUUAGACUUCAAAGCCAUCGAACAGCCUCUGGAUGAACUAGAAAGCCACCUUACUCUUCGUUCAUUCAUUGUCGGGUAUUCUCUUACCCUGGCUGAUAUCAUCGUAUGGGGAAGCAUACGUGGAAAUAAAGUAUCAUUCUCGACCAUCAAAAAACGUGGGGGGAACAUACUUCGAUGGUUUUCCCUUAUUGAAACUGAGAACCCCUGGAUACAUCGGAUUGUACUUGAUCUGGAAGCUCCCUUCCGAAAGAAACGAGCGGCUGGUAGUGCUGCAGGAGCAAGUUACGAAAUCGGCCUGAAUACUGAGAAUAUCGUCACCAGAUUCCCACCGGAACCCUCUGGUUAUCUUCAUAUUGGACAUGCAAAGGCUGCUUUGCUCAAUGACUACUUUGCCCAUAAACAGCCGGGUGGGACAAUGAUAUGCCGCUUUGAUGACACGAAUCCAUCGAAAGAAAACGCCGAGUUCCAAGAUUCUAUCCUUCACGAUCUUGAGCUACUUGGGAUCACACCAGAUAAAGUCACAUAUUCCAGCGACUAUUUUGAUGUCAUGUUUGAUCUUUGUACAAAAUUGAUCUCCAAUGGCAAGGCAUAUGCUGACAAUACCGACAAGGAGACUAUGGGCCAUCAGAGACGACAUGGGAUAGCAAGCAAGUGCCGGGACCUUUCCGUAGAUGAAAGCCUUUUCCAUCUAUUGCAAAUGAAAUCCGGCUCACCAGAGGGACAAGGCUGGUGUAUUCGAGCGAAGAUAUCAGUGGAUGACCUCAAUAAAGCAAUGCGAGACCCAGUUAUAUACCGCUGCAAUCCUCAACCACAUCAUAGGACUGGCGAUAAAUGGAAGGUAUAUCCUACAUAUGACUUCUGUGCACCUGUCCUUGACUCUAUCGAGGGUAUAACGUACGCUCUUCGGACCAACGAAUACCGGGAUAGGAACGCGCAAUAUUCUUGGAUACAGCAGGCUUUAGGGCUUCGUGAAGUUACAAUUUGGGAUUUCUCUCGAAUGAACUUUGUACAAACUGUUCUCUCGAAGAGAAAGCUGGCGCUCUUGGUCGAGAAGCAGGUUGUCUGGGGUUGGGAUGACCCGAGAAUGCCAACCAUCCGCGGCAUUAGAAGGAGGGGAAUGACAAUCCCGGCUCUCCGUGAGUUCAUUUUGAAGCAAGGUCCAAGCAGAAAUAUUAUCAACCUUGACUGGACGUCAAUAUGGGCCAUCAAUAAGAAAUUCAUCGAUCCUAUUGCUUCUCGCUACACUGCCAUUAUGAGUAAAAAUAUGGUUUAUACUCAAGUAAAUGGAGUUGGAGAUUCUCCCCUCGUCAAGCAGAAACAAAAGCAUCCAAAGUCUCCUGAGUUGGGGUUGAGAGAUGUUGUAUACAGCAGCAAAAUCUUCCUUGACCAGGAUGAUGCAUUGUCGUUUCUUCCCAAUGAGGAGAUUACCUUGAUGGGAUGGGGAAAUGCUAUUGUCCGUGAUAUUAUCAGAGAUCCCAAAACGCAGAUUAUCACCAGUCUUAAGCUUGACAUUCAUCUGGAAGGGGAUUUCAAGAAAACAGAUAAGAAGAUAACCUGGCUCUCUCAGGACCAAGGUCUUAUCCCCGCUGAGCUGGUUGAAUUUGACCAUCUUAUUACAAAGGACAAGUUGGAGAAGGAAGAUGAUAUCAUGUCCUAUGUCAACUGGAAAUCUGAAGUCCGUUCACAUGCUUGGAUUGAUGCUGCAGCAGGGGAACUUCGAGCCAAUGACACAAUCCAACUCGAGCGUAAGGGGUAUUAUCGAGUUGAUCAGGAACAUUCUGAUGGGAAACCGCUUCUUCUUUUCUCUAUUCCCACUGGCAAGCUUGCUUAA